AUGCCAUUGGCUGUAGAGCAAAUCACUCUGUAUACAGUAUGUAUUCCAAUAAUACUGCUGCUAUGCCUUCUGGCAGCAGUUUGCAAUGCAUUGGUACUACUGGCACGAUCUCAAAUCAAGAAUCGCUCCAGCGCCCUUGAGCUAACGUUUUCACUGGCUGCCUCCGAUACCUGGACAUCAAUCGUUGUUGCCGCCUCACUAUUCCGAAAUUCUUACAUGCCCGUUGUCUUGGGUAUUCAUUAUUCGUCUAUUUGUUUCCCACUCACUUUAGAGGUAUUUCGUACCGGUGGAUUACUGACCGGACUUCUGCAUCUCUCGACACUUGCAGUAUAUCAUGUGGUCUCAAUAACACGUCCAUUUGAUCAUACCAAAUUGCUGACGCGUCGAAGGACACAUCUGAUAAUCGUACUUAUCUGGAUAAUACCACCGUUGGCUCUUGUGAUGUAUUUUUCGGCCUGGCCCGGCCAGGGCUAUCGGGUCGAGCACUGUAUGGUGGUUGAUUUUUACGACAAACUCUAUUUCCGCCUUAUCGUUUCCGUACUCAUCAUCACGUUGAUGAUUGUCACCGGCCUGAUGUACUGCAAAUUGCUCAGCAAAUUGAAUGAGGUAUCGAGUUAUUUGCAAAUUGGAAGAGCAUAUGUGAGCGUCUGCUAG